AUCAGUAAUUCCUUCAUUGUCGACUCUCAUAGAUGUGUCCGUUCUAAAUACGAUGGCACCCAGAAAUCCUGUUCCAUCUCUCAGUUAUUUGUGUCUCAAACUAAUCUCCAACCAACUCAUUCACGCUUUAUCUGAUGAUGAUGGAAAGUAUUACGAAGUGGUUUCCAAAUAUUUAGCCGAGGCGACUUAUGAAGUUUUACAGGACUUGAUGAAAAUUAUUUUGAAUUCUGUGAAUCUCGAUGCAAGCAUACGCUUGAGUUCGCUAAAACUUCUCCUCAGGGAAGAUGUGGAAAAACUUGAGACCGGAAUGUUUCCACAGUUUUACUACGAGAAAAUUCUGGAUAUUAUCAUAGCACAAGGAAAGAAUUUGAAACAUCUGAACUUGAAAGGAGUUUGGCUACAAGAUUUCCCCGGAAAACUGAGUGUUCUGAUUAGGCGUUUGGGAAAUUUGGAAAGUUUGCUGAUUCCGCAUAUGGCUAACGAUGAAGUGAUAGAUGCGAUAGUGACUCUGAGAAAAAUAUCUGUGUUGGACAUUUGCGGGGAAGCGUGUUAUUCAGUCAGCGGUAUGAAAAAACUCAGGAGUGAAACACUACGAGUAUUGGAUGUAGGAAACUUCGGAAAAGUGUGUUUAUGUAGUGAAGAAUCGAGUGGCUUUGAUUUGAUAGCUGAAGUCAUAAUGAAUUUACCAAACCUAUCAGCUUUACGUACCUACUCGUAUACUGGUAAUGCUUUGUUGACAAUUAACAAUGAAUUUCCCUGCUUCAAAACAAAACUCAAAUAUUUGCGGGACACAUCAACGACAGUAGAAAUAAUAGAAGCAAUUUCCCAGUUGUGUCCCAACUUGGAAAAUCUAUAUUUAGACAGUCCCGAACCAGGUGUAGUUGAAAAAUUAGUCAAACUCAGGAAACUCAAUAGUCUGAAACUCACUAAAUGUAACGUACCGGAAUUAUUAACGUUCCUCAGAGUGUCGGGAGCUCAACUUCAAGUGCUCAAAUUGAAUCACAAUAAAAACACUCCACUAGAUCUGUCUGAAAUUUGUCUGCAUGCUCCAAAUCUCACAACACUGGAGUGUUUCCAGAUGAAAUUAACUUUCACAAACUCAGAGACUUAUUUCAUGGGCUUACAGAAUGUAGAGCUGUUAUAUUGUGAUAUGUCAGAUGAAGUUACCAAAUUCGUUUUGAGGAAUUCGCCGUUUUUAAAACGAAUUGUCAUUGGCUGUCUCAUAAAUAUGACGGAUGGUGAUAUAUUCAGGCUUUGUGCGGAGUGUGAGUUCAGUAACCUGGAAGUGAUACUGUUUUCCUAUGCAAAAUCCUUGACAAUUAUCGCGGUGGAACUCCUUAUAGGACAUUGUCCGAAUUUGAAAGUAAUGGGACAACUGAGUAGCUGGGAUAUCCAUCCAGAGGAAAUCGAUUAUCUACGAGGUGUGAUCUCAUCAACAAACACUGAUGUGAGACUUUUAAUUACAGAAAAUAUAACCUGACCGCUAAGUCCGGAAUUAUCUACGACAAAUCGUGUCUAAAAUGGGAAUAAAAAUAUUAUCAGGA